AUGUCUCUCGGAAAGAAGGUUACUCUCAACUCCGGUACUCAGAUCCCCCAGCUGGGAUUUGGUACCUGGCAGUCUGCCCCCGGUCAGGUCGGUGAUGCUGUCUACGAGGCCUUGAAGGCCGGUUACCGCCACUUGGAUCUGGCUACUAUCUACCAGAACCAGCGCGAGGUCGCCCAGGGCAUCAAGAGAGCCUACAAGGACGUCCCUGGCCUCAAACGUGAGGACAUCUUCAUCACCUCCAAGCUGUGGAACUCCCAGCACGACCCCGCCGUUGUUGAGAAGGCUUUGGACGAGUGCCUUGCCGAGCUCGAGCUCGACUACCUCGAUCUCUACCUCGUCCACUGGCCCGUUUCCUUCACCACCGGUUCCGAGCUCUUCCCCCUCGUCAAGGACAGCUCCGUUGAGGGCGGUGAUGUCGUGAUCAACGACAACAUCUCCAUCGUCGACACCUGGAAGGCCAUGACCCAGCUCCCCAAGAGCAAGGCCCGCGCCGUCGGUGUCUCCAACCACAUGAUCCCCCACCUUGAGGCCAUCAUCAACGCCACCGGUGUCACCCCCGCCGUCAACCAGAUCGAGCGUCACCCCGUUCUCCAGAGCAACGAGCUCAUUGAAUACUGCCAGAAGAAGGGCAUCCACGUGACUGCCUACUCUGCCUUCGGUAACAACGGCUUCGGCGUCCCCCUCCUCGUCACCCGCCCCGAAGUCAAGGAAGUCGCCGAGUCUGCCUCCAAGCGCCUCGGCACCACCGUCACCCCCGCUCAGGUCGUCCUCGCCUGGUCCCAGGUCGGUGGCCACAGUGUCAUCCCCAAGUCGGUUACGCCGUCCCGCAUCCAGGAGAACUUCAAGGAGGUGGAGCUCACUCCCGAGGAAAUCGCCAAGGUGUCCGAGCUGGGCAAGGACCGCAGACGCUACAACACUCCUUACAUUGCUAACAAGCCUCGCUGGGAUAUUAACAUCUUCGAUGAGGAGGAGGAGAAGCCUGCUGGUCAUAAGGUGAUUGUUUAA